UAACCUCCAGUUUUAGAUAACGCGGGUCGGGUAGCGGGAGGUCGAAUUGGAGUUUCGAGUCAUUAGGACGGCUACCGUCCACGUCAACGAAAUUGGACUUUGAAAUCGUUGUCAACUUUGCUCUCUGUUUCCUUCUUUUACCCCUGAAUUGAAUGGACUCGAGCACUCUGACCGGACUGCGACGCAUCGAUUCUCUGUUUCUUGCCAAAUCUUAACCACCGAAGGCACCGUGAGAUUCUUAAUUCCACAUUGUGGGCAUGUUUCUUUUUCAAAUGCGUUUCAUUCAUAGGCGUCACGUCUUCCCUGAUUUUACGCUAUACUCACCAAGGAGAUGCUCCACUUCUUGAUGUCUUGGCCCUGUUUUCUUUUCUUCUUCUUCUUCUUCUUCUUCUUUGUUUUCCCUCGGCUGCCUCUUGUAAGACCAAUAUUAUUAUAGUUUCCUUCACAUCAUGAAGUAUGGGUUCGGAGCUGCUGAGCUUCUUUAAUUAUGUAUUAGCUGCCAGGGCAUGAGUUCUGGGUUUGCUCAUGUGAGUACCGACAAAACGAAAUUCGCUGCACAGCUUACGAUUGACGGGUGAAUUGAAGCUGGUCAAGAAUGAAACACUUUAUAGCUGUGCCUGGAAUAAUUUGGAUUUGGAUAAUCCUUUGCGGUCUUGCUCGUUGCCAAAAGCCAGCAUCUGUGAAUAUUGGUGCGGUUUUCACAUUUGAUUCGGUUAUAGGUAGAGCUGCGAAGGUGGCGAUGCACAUGGCUGUCGAUGACGUCAAUGCAGACCCCAUAGUUCUUAAUGGGACGAAACUGAACUUGGUAAUGGAGGACACCAAUUGCAACGUCUUCUUGGGAUCGAUUGGAGCGUUUCGUAUACUUGAACAAGGGGUUGCAGCCAUAAUUGGUCCACAAUCAUCUUCCAUCUCUCACGUGAUUUCUCAAAUCGCUAACGGUCUCCAAGUGCCUCAAGUUUCAUAUGCUGCCACUGAUCCUACCUUGUCGGCCCUCCAAUUUCCUUUCUUUUUUCGUUCUGUACCAAGCGACUCUGUGCAAAUGACAGCACUGGCUGAAUUAAUUGAUUUCUUUGGAUGGAGAGAGGUCAUUGCCGUCUUCUUGGAUGAUGAUUAUGGGAGAAAUGGAAUAUCUGCUCUGGGUGAUGAACUUGAAAAACGGAGAAUAAGGAUUGCUCAUAAGUUGCCUAUUAGCAUAAAGUUUGAUAUGAAUGAAAUCACUAACUUGCUCAAUCAUUCCAAAGUGUUUGGUCCUCGUGUGUAUGUUGUUCACGUCAACCUAGAUCCUAGAUUAAGAGUUUUUAACAUAGCCCACAAACUUAAAAUGAUGUCUAGUGAUUUUGUUUGGCUUGCCACGGAUUGGCUCUCUGCUACUCUAGAUUCAUUCUCCCCACAGAAUCAGACCUCUCUCAGUGUUGUGCAAGGGGUGGUUGGACUACGUCCACACAUUCCAGAUUCUUUCCAGAAAAGAUAUUUUGUUUCUCAGUGGAAAAACAUGCAGAAUGAAAGCGCAGCAGCUAUUGGGUUAAACCAUUAUGGAUUUUAUGCAUAUGAUUCAAUUUGGGCUGUUGCGCAUUCAAUUGAUAAGUUUAUUGAAAUACAUAAGAAUAUUACAUUCUCUGUCAGUAAUAACUCAAGGCUAUUGAAUACAGAAACCACUGACAUACGGCUUGAAAAACUCAAAGUCUUCACAGGUGGAUCUGAUCUGAUCAACAUAUUGUUGCAAUCAAAUUAUACUGGUGUGAGUGGUCACCUUCAAUUUAGUCCAGAUAGGAAUAUUGUUAGUGGGGGCUAUGAAGUUAUCAAUAUCAAUCAGAUGGAAAUUACCACGGUUGGAUAUUGGUCUAAUGAUUUAGGAUUUUCAGUGGUUCCUCCUGAAACUCUUAAGAAGAAAGGAUAUGGUAGGGUUCCCCAAGAUCAGAAGCUUAACAUUAUUACUUGGCCAGGUGGAAUGACCGGAAGACCACGUGGAUGGGUGAUUGCUGAUAAUGCAAGACCACUGAGAAUUGGAGUUCCCAGGAGAGCAAGUUUUGUUGAGUUCGUCACUGAGCUGCCUGGUAGUCAUCAAAUUCAAGGGUACUGCAUUGAUAUUUUCAAGAAAGCACUGGAGUUUGUACCAUAUGAAGUCCCCUAUGUAUUUAAGCCUUUUGGGAACGGUCAAUCAAACCCCAAUUAUGGUGCGCUUGUGCAGACGGUUGCUGACAAUGUAUUUGAUGCGGUUGUCGGAGACAUAGCAAUUGUGACAAACCGUACAAGGAUUGUGGAUUUUUCUCAGCCUUUCACAUCAACUGGUCUUGUUAUAGUGGCUCCAAUCAAGAAUGCAAAAUCAAGUGCUUGGGUAUUUCUGAAACCAUUUACAGCGGACAUGUGGUGCGUCACUGCAGCUUCAUUUGUAAUGAUUGGAGUAGUUAUAUGGAUUCUUGAACACCGAAUCAAUGAUGAUUUCCGUGGUCCUCCUAAGAGGCAACUUGUGACGAUGUGUAUGUUCAGCCUCUCAACCCUGUUUAAGACAAAUCAGGAAAAUACAGUAAGCUCACUUAGUCGAAUGGUGAUGAUAGUAUGGCUUUUUCUGUUGAUGGUGAUCACGGCUAGCUAUACAGCAAGCUUGACUUCAAUUCUUACAGUGGAGCAGCUUUCAUCACCCAUCACUGGCAUUGAUAGCUUGAUUGCAAGUAACUGGCCUAUAGGGUACCAAGUAGGUUCGUAUGCUUUCAACUAUCUGACAGAGAGUCUUUAUGUACAAAGAUCAAGACUUGUUCCUCUAGGUAACCCUGAAGAAUAUGCAAGAGCUCUGCAGCUAGGGCCUUCUCGCGGAGGGGUGGCAGCUAUAAUUGACGAGCUUCCAUACAUAGAGUUGUUUCUGUCAACACAAACUGAUUUUGGUAUUAUUGGGCAACCAUUUACCAAAAGCAGUUGGGGAUUUGCUUUUCAAAGAGGGUCUCCUCUCGCCCUUGAUAUGUCUACAGCAAUUCUGAAACUCAAUGAGAACGGAGAGCUUCAUAAGAUACGAGAGCAGUGGCUCUGUAAGAUGGGUUGUCCUGAAGAAAGGAGAAGAGAUUCAGAGCCUAAUCAACUUCACCUGAUCAGCUUCUGGGGUCUGUAUCUGUCGUGCGGUAUUGUCACUCUCGCUUCUCUGCUGGUGUUUCUGCUGCGAACAAUUCGCCAAUACAUCCGAUACAAGCAAAGGCAAAAAGAUAUUCCUUCUGGAUCCCGGGAGGGAUCUGGCAGUAAAUGUUCCCACGUUAUCUAUAGCUUUUUUAGUUUCAUUGAUGAGAAGGAAGAAGCCAUCAAGAAGAUGUUCACUCGUUGUGAGAAUCCAGAACAGCAGCCGACGUGAUUAUGAUUGUGUUGCUUGAACGGAUAAUACUUUAUAGCACGAUAAGGUCUGUGUAUAGUUAAUAGAAGUUAGUAAUAGUACUUGUAAUUGUAUCCUCCUUGUAGAGUUGUAGUUUUUCUUUGUAACUGUUAAUGAUGCGGCUGUAAACGCGGAACCUACAUGUUGGAUGGGAAAAAAAGUGACGUCAUGGAUAAACAUGUUCAAUUGAA